UCAACUAACUUUGGCGCUCAGAUUCACCACCUCCACACGAACUCAAUCCUACUACGUUACUGUACAAUAUAGUACCUAUCUCUACUGCUCGCUCUCCAAAGUCCAAAGUUACCUCCUGCACCUGGGCUUCUACCCCUACUACUUUCAAUCAAUGGGCUGCUGCCUUAGAGCGGCGCCAUCUUCCUCCUUCUUACUGACUUGCGUCAAGGGCCCAGCAAACUCCAAGUCAUCAUCCUACAGCCGGAGAUGGUACAACCCCGUCCGCCGAAAGUCAUCCCUGCUGAUCCCUGAUACUGACCGCCAGUGGGUUACAGCAGACAAUAAUAGAACUCAUCUUCUAUCUGAAGAGAGAUUUACCGUUGUGUCGUAUAAUAUAUUGGGUGAUAGAAAUGCCUUCAAGCAUUGGGAUUUGUACAGAAAUGUUCCGUCAAUUUACCUGAAAUGGGACUAUCGCAAAAGGGUUAUAUGCGAAGAGCUCAUUGGUUUGAACCCUGAUAUCAUUUGUUUACAAGAGGUGGACAAAUAUUUUGAUGUCUUAAACAUCAUGGAGAAAGCUGGGUACCUUGGUUCUUAUAAGAGGCGGACUGGAGAUUAUGCUGAUGGUUGCGCAAUGUUUUGGAAAGCGGAUAAGUUCCAAUUGAUAGAGGGAGAGAGCAUUGAGUUUAAGCAGUAUGGGCUCCGAGAUAAUGUUGCUCAAGUCUCUGUAUUUGAGAUGCGCAAAGCUAAAUCAAGGAGAAUACUUGUUGGGAACAUUCAUGUGCUCUACAAUCCAAGGCGAGGGGAUGUAAAACUUGGUCAAAUUCGUUUUCUUUUAUCAAGGGCAUCCAUCCUCUCCAAGAAGUGGGGAAACACACCAGUUGUGCUCGCUGGUGAUUAUAAUAGCACUCCCCAGAGUGCAAUCUACACAUUCUUCUCGUCAUCUGAGUUGAACAUCAUGCUACAUGACAGAGGAGACUUGUCUGGUCAGAAAAAUUGCCGUCCAACUCAAGCUCUUGGUAUUAGACGAGAACAGGGUUCUCUCUUUGUAUGGAUGGACAGAUUCUUGCACAGUAGCUGGACAAAUGAAGAGAUCAAAAGUGCAACUGGAGGCACUGAUAGCCGUGUUGUUAGAAAUCCGUUGAAGCUCAGGAGCUCCUAUGCCAUGGUGAAGGGUUCUGCAGAAACACGAAGCUCCAAUGGUGAACCUUUGGCCACAUCAUACCACUCAAAAUUUCUUGGAACAGUUGACUAUUUGUGGUUCUCUGAUGGUAUUGUACCCACCAAAGUCAUGGAUACUUUACCAAUCAAUGUCCUCAAGAAGAUAGGUGGGCUUCCAUGCCAGAAAUUUGGUAGUGAUCACCUGCCCUUGGUUUCUGAAUUCGCUUUCAUUCAAGGUUCGAAAGAUGAAAAUGAGACCAGCAAUUUUCUGAUAUCAUAAGUUGUCCAGCCACAGCCAGCCAACGUAUCAUUUGCAGCCAGCUGCUACAUCCUCAGUUCAGGAAUUUUCAUCUUUGAGUGUAUCAAUUUUAGUUUGCAGCCAGCUGCUACAUCCUCAGUUCCGGAAUUUUCAUCUUUGAGUAUAUCAAUUUUAGGAGACAUUCAGGUAAACUGGGCAGUCCUAAACAUGCAAAGAGAACAUUAUAUAUAUGCAAAGAAGAACCCAAAUAUGUCCCUUUA